AUUUGGACGGACGUCCCGCCCUCUGGCUGUUCCUGGCUGAGGCGGGGCGGCGGGAGCUAUGGCGGCUGUGACAGAUGUGCAGCGGCUACAGGCCCGUGUGGAGGAGCUGGAGCGCUGGGUGUACGGGCCGGGCGGGUCUCGCGGCUCGCGGAAGGUGGCCGAUGGCCUGGUCAAGGUGCAGGUGGCUUUGGGGAACAUCGCCAGCAAGAGGGAGAGGGUGAAGAUUCUGUACAAAAAGAUUGAAGACCUGAUCAAAUACCUGGAUCCUGAGUACAUUGACCGCAUUGCCUUACCUGAUGCCUCUAAGCUGCAGUUCAUCUUAGCAGAGGAGCAGUUUAUCCUCUCCCAGGUUGCGCUUCUGGAGCAGGUGGAGGCUUUGGUGCCCAUGCUGGACAGCACUCAUAUCAAAGCCGUUCCUGAGCAUGCCGCCCGCCUGCAGCGCUUGGCCCAGAUCCACAUCCAACAGCAGGCUCUAUGGGGAGCGAGGGUCCCUAAUGAGGUGGGCAGUGGGAAGCGGGGGCUUUGUCCAACUCCCUUCUCUGCCACACCUUGGCUCCACAGGACCAGUGUGUGGAGAUCACUGAGGAGUCCAAGGCUCUCCUAGAGGAAUACAACAAGACUACAAUGCUUCUCUCCAAGCAGUUCGUGCAGUGGGAUGAGCUACUUUGCCAGUUAGAGGCUGCCAAGCAAGUGAAGCCAGCAGAGGAGUGAUGGCUGCUUCCCAUCCUAGGGUGGGCCAGGGCAGCCAGGCUCCAGGCCCUGUGCCAACCUGCCCUUGUAACAGGACAGAGCAGAGGCAGCUCUAUAUUUAUUGGAUUCACAGCCUACCAGUCUGCACUCAGGUGGGGCUCUGGGGUCAGAGGUCUGGCUACUUGAGAUUUGCUAUUUGCACCCCCUCCCCUCAUCAGUGUCCUGUUCCAAAGACAAUAAACUGUACAGAU